GCAGUAAGUUGUAGCAGUCUGGUUCGUCUCACCUUCAGUCCAGCAGCUCAACAAGCCGCGUCCUCCGAGCGGCUGGCGCGGUGUGUGUGCACAGAAAAUGUCCGGAAAGUGAGUGCGGAGGACGGUUGGGACUCUCCGGAUUUCGCGCUGGAUUCAGUGGAAGUUUUCUGACCGACAAAACCCGGGUCUCCUGCGCCGCAUCCGCAGCAUUAGGCCUCAUGGAGCUGGGGACCCGACGCCUGCUGUGCACCAGGGAGCUCGAUCCGUGCCCGGUUCCCAGUAAACAACCAUAAAGGGUGGGAACCUUAAUUACCCCUCAGUUCCUUUUUCCCACCCCUCCCCCCUUAGUUGCCCCUGUGGUGAUAUUGUCCUCUACUGUCUGCGGCCGGCGUCAUGAUUGGCAAGCUGAAACAGAACUUGCUGGUGGCGUGUCUGGUCAUCAGCUCGGUCACGGUCUUUUACCUGGGCCGCCACGCCAUGGAGUGCCACCAUCGCAUCGAGGAGCGCAGCCAGCCGGGCGGGAUCCUGCCGCUGUCGGCGCUGGGAGGCAGCAUGCGGACCACCUUACGGACGGGUCAGAACCUCAGCACGCCGUUCAUUUACAACAAAGACAUGCCGCUCAUCUUCAUCGGCGGCGUGCCACGCAGCGGGACCACGCUCAUGCGAGCGAUGCUGGACGCCCACCCGGAGGUGCGCUGCGGCGAGGAGACCCGCGUCAUCCCGCGUAUCCUGGCCAUGAAGCAGAUGUGGAGCCGCUCGGGUCGGGAGAAGAUGCGCCUGGACGAGGCGGGUGUGACGGAUGAGGUGCUGGACGCCGCCAUGCAGGCCUUCCUGUUGGAGAUCAUCGUCAAACACGGCGAGCCCGCCAACUUCCUGUGCAACAAGGACCCUUUUGCGCUGAAGUCGCUCGCCUACCUCGCCAAAAUCUUCCCCCAUGCCAAGUUUGUGCUCAUGAUCCGUGACGGGCGGGCGUCAGUCCACUCCAUGAUCUCACGGAAGGUGACCAUCGCCGGCUUCGACCUGGGCAGCUACCGGGACUGCCUGACCAAGUGGAACCGGGCCAUAGAGACCAUGUACACUCAGUGCCUGGAGGCGGCGGACAAAUGCCUCCCGGUGCACUACGAACAGCUCGUCCUCCAUCCUGAGAAGUGGAUGAGGACGCUGCUGAAGUUCCUGGACGUUCCCUGGAACGACGCCGUCCUCCACCACGAGGAGCUCAUCGGGAAAGCCGGAGGAGUUUCUCUCUCCAAGGUGGAGAGGUCCACAGACCAGGUCAUCAAGCCCGUCAACAUGGAGGCCUUGUCCAAGUGGGUGGGGAAGAUCCCGGCAGACGUGGUGAGGGACAUGGCCGUCAUCGCCCCCAUGCUGUCCAGGCUGGGCUACGACCCCCACGCCAACCCCCCCAACUACGGCCGGCCUGACCCCAAAGUCCUGGACAACACCAGAAGGGUCUUUAAAGGUGAAUUUCAGCUCCCAGAUUUCCUAAAAGAACAAUCACAGAUCCAGAAGUCUGCAGAGAGACCCAACCCCAGUUAGGAGCAGAGGGGGGGGGGGCACCACCUCAACACACAGGACCUGGUGCGUGGAAGAGAAAAUCAUGGACAUCGUCUCCAUCUCACCGUCUGCGUCUCAGAGGUCACAUGACCACAGUCUCCUCCACCAAUAAUCGUCUCUGGAGAACUCUCGGCCUUCGAUAUUGUACUGUACAAAAAAAUAAUCCUGGUUCUCACAACCACAGAAUGUCUGCUGAUUGUUAUUUUGGUGUCACAUCACACUCAUUGAUUUUUAGAAACGAUCUCUGGCUAUUUAGAAAAAACAACUUUGUGAUCCUGUUGUAAGAAGCUGCAGUGACCUGAAAUCACAACAAGUAUUUAUGAAUGGAAAAUUAGCUUUUGGAAGAUGCAAUACCUAUUUUAAUGUUUAAUGUUUUUUUUUCAUGCCUUUGUAUUUGUGCAAUGUCAUGGGUACUGAUCAGUUUGAAGUAUCGACCGUGAUAAAUACUGCUUUUUUUUUUAA